ACAAUUACAACAAUCCACUUUGCAUUUGGGAAAGCGGAACCUAGUAGAAAAGCAAAGUGGUGCGGAGUUUCUAACAAACAGAACAUGGCAGGGAUAAAUGCCGAUCAUAUCCUCGAUAUUGAUAGAAAGCUUGCUGAGUUGACACUUAUACCAUCUGAACGUUGCAUCUUUAGAGUACAUGAUGUACUGCGCAACGAAAAUAAAAAAGCUUACGAACCAGAAGUAGUUGCUAUUGGUCCUUAUCACCAUGGUAAGGAUAAUCUACAACCAAUGGAAGAGCACAAAUUACGCUACUUGAAACGGCUUCUUAACCGAAGAAAUGAAACCAGUGCGGAAAGAUACAUCGUGGCGAUGCGAGAAUCUGAACAAAAAGCACGUAAGUCGUAUGCAGAUCCCACUAGCCUUGAUUCAAAUAAGUUUGUAGAAAUGAUGCUUCUUGACGGUUGCUUCAUCGUUGAGUUGCUUCGCAAGAAUGAGAAAAAGAUAAACCCGAUAGCCACCGAACGACCCGCCAAACCCGGUGGUAAACCAGGUAGGCCCGAACGACCUGAUAGACCUGAUGACAAGCCCAGUAGAACCGAUAGACCCGGCGACAAACUUGGUUGUCCCGAACGACCCAAUAGACCCAGCGACAAACCUGGUAGACACGAACGACCCGAUGACAAGCCCGGUAGAUCCGAACCCCCUGAAAGACCCGAUGCCGAACCCAGUAGAACCGAUAGACCCAGCGACAAACUUGGAGGCCCGAUAGACUCAGCUACAAACCUGGUAGACCCGAACAACCUGAUAACAACCCCGGUAGACCCAAACGCCCUGAUAGACCCGAUGACAAACCCAGUAGAACCGAUAGACCCGGUGGCAAACUUGGUAGGCCUGAACUACCCAAUAGACCCGGCGAGAAACCUGAUAGGCCCGAUGACAAACCCGAUGACAACCCCUAUAGACCGGGACGGCUAUAUUCAAAAUGCCAUCAUACGUGAUUUAGUGUUAUUUGAAAAUCAACUUCCAUUCUUUAUCGUCAAGAAGUUGUUCGACAUGACCAGGACCGAAAAUUCUACAUAUUCGCUAGACAACCUCAUUGGCGAGUUUUUUAGGCAUUUUGGUUGGAUAACACCAGAACCAGGUGAACUUUUACGAGAUCAUUUGUCCAUCAACCAUCUUCUAGGCCUGUUGCAUUAUUGUUGCUGCUACCAAUUUCAUUCAACGGUAUUCUCCCGAAGCAAUCCUGAUGGAAUAAAAGAAGAGUCCCUAAAAUCUGCAACAGAGCUCCAAGAAACCGGGAUCAAAUUCGAGAACAUUGAGGGAGAGACUUUGUUCGGCAUAAGGUUUGAAGAAGGGAUAUUGAAAAUCCCGACUUUAAAAGUUGAAGACGAUACAGAGUCUGUUUUCAGAAAUUUAAUUGCAUAUGAGCAAUACCAUCCAGAUACUUCAUGGCAUCAUUUCACUGCUUAUCACAAGUUUAUGGAUUACCUCGUGAACACCUCAAAGGAUGUCGAAAUACUUACUCACUGUGGAAUUAUUCGUAGCCUUUUAGGUGAAAAUGAAGUGGUUGCGACUAUGUUAAACAAGCUCGGCAACAAUAUCAUAAUAUCUGACCUAGGUUACGAAGAAGUUUAUAACAAUGUGAAUAAGCAUUGCAGGGGGAAAUGGAACAUACGGUUUGCGAUCUUAAGACGGGAUUAUUUCAACACUCCAUGGGCAUCCAUAUCGUUUGUUGCUGCUGUUGUGUUGCUUUUGUUGACCGUGUUACAAACCAUAUUUAGUAUUCAUCCUGUUGGAAAAUCUAACUAGAUAUCUCUGCUUCAAGUCUUGUUUUGUUUCUAGUUAUGCCACUAAAUAAAAGAAGCUAGAGUAUGUGAGUGAGGUAGGUUGGUUGGUUUUGUUACUCGCUCCUCUUGUUUUGGCUCCGCGAUUCUUUGUUGAAGAAUGGGAGCUUUGUGUGAUGGUUUCUUUUCACUUAUCAAUAAUAUCUCUUUCGACUGUUCAACA